AUCUUUGACGUCCUUGACGUAAGCUAAACUAACCUCGAAAUUUAACUUUGCGGACUUGACAGCUGAUGGCUGUAGAACCGGAUCAAAACAUGGGUGAAGACGGCAUCGAGAAGUGUGAUGAGCAGUCGAUAUUAUACGAGCUGUUGGAGUAUUACGUGCGCAAACAAGAGCCAGAAUUAUCGAGAUGCAAAAACGACACCGCAGCUAUCCUGCCAGCUACAGGAACGAUAAAAAUUGCCCUGAGAUAUCUGAACAACAGAUACUCGUUGCCAGAGUCUAUAUCUCUGGAAAUUGGACUGACUUUGCAAUGGAAAUUUGCUGUCGGAGACAAAGGAAGUCUGCUUGCCAUCUUACAAGAUAAUUUGAUAGAGAUAAGAAAAUCCAAGGACGAGUACUCUUCUGUCGUCGGCAAAGCGUCAGUACCUAAAGAUGCCUUUCCGCAAUGGCGUAAAGUUGUGUGGAGCCCUGACUGUUCGCUACUCGUGGUUGCAUCGAGCAACGGCUAUUUGUCGUUCUACAAUUCUUUGGGAAACAAUGUGUUCAAUAUAAGUCCGAAGAACUUGUCCCAAAAUCCGAAUAUUCUGGAAGCUGGCGACGCUGUUGCUUCAAUGAUAUUCGUUAAAACAAGAGUCAAGAGUCUGAAAUGGGCCUAUGAAUUUCUUGUCAUCACUUACAGCGGACUAUUAAAGGCCUAUUACGUCUCAGCUACUGAAGCAUUCGAGGAAAGCCAUGAAUUUUCAUUCGGCAGCUUGUACAGAAAUGGCGUCAGUGCCGUUGCUUAUAAUGAAAGACACAAUUUACUCUUUGUUGCUGGGAGUAACAUCACGCAAAACUUGAAUACUAUCUCUUCAAAAUCUGGUCUAACAUCGUGGUGCAUUCUCAAUGAUUAUCCGUACUACAAGUUGUCAUUUGCAAACGAAGAGAACACUAGUGCAAAUUCAAGUUUUUCAAUUUGGAAUUAUUUGCCUACUUUGCGCUCCCAAAUCGAAUCUGUCAUAUUUAAAACCAGUAUAUCACCAACCGGAGAUCUGCUUGCCUGUUUACAUACCGACGGCUCAAUAACUAUAUGGAAUUUGCCAAGCUUAAGGCUCUACAAAAAGUGGGGCCCCAAUGAGCAGCCAGAUUCCGAUGCUCUGAAUCCCCUUGGUCUUGUUAAGUUGAGAAAAUUACCACCAGGAUUUUCUGAAUUUCAUCCUAUUGAUGUCAAUUGGUGGUCAAAUCAUUCUGUUAUAAUAGCAAGAUACUGCGGAUCCGUUUCCGUUUGUUCGAUCAAGAAUUUGCGCAACCUUCUAGGUGCGAGUCCAGAAUUUUUAUACGGACAGCCGCAAAUAUCCGAACUCUGCCCAGACCGUGGUUUCCUCAGUUUAGACUGCGAGACAUUUUUGACGAGCAAAAAGAGGAGCAGAGAUUCGACAAAUGAAAGUCAAAAUUCAGACUCAUCGUCGGAUAGUGAAAAAGAAGAAGAAGAAAACGAAAGAUCAACGGCUCUGAAAUAUGCGGGGAGUUUGUUUCAAAGCGCUCUUUACUCCAUUACUGACAUGGAAAGGUUUCAGCCGAAGAGAAAAAAAUCGAAACUGAUUCACCGAACAUAUAGAAUAUUGGGAUUAAAGAGUACGACUCCAGAGGAAUUGUACUCUAGAAAGAUCGAUAUCGAAGAAUACGGCGAGGCACUAGCUUUGGCAAACACUUACAACCUGGACACUGACUUGGUGUACCAAACACAGUGGCGCAAGUCUGAGUUUUCACUAAAUGCGAUUAAAAAUCAUUUGAGUAAAGUGAGCAAAAGAUCUUGGGUUCUAAACGAGUGUGUAACGCGUGUACCAGACACAAUUGAAGCAUCCCGAGAGCUUCUUAACUUCGGACUUCGAGGCGCAAAUUUAGAAACUUUAUUAGCCAUCGGUGUAAAGGACGACGGCAAGUUUACGCCUGCUGAUGUAGAGGACGAGGAUUACGACGAUUUGGAUAAAAUCGGUGCAACUUUGAGACAGAUACAGAAAGAAAAUCAAAUAUUGGAUCAAGUAAAUAUUGAGAAGUUGACUGAGGGUCAGAAGGAAAUGGUAAAGUACAGACGAAAGCUUCUAGACCAUCUGGAUAAAUUGCAAACUUAUGAAAUAAUAUUAGAAGCUCCCUCGAUGUAUAAUAAAAAUUUUUAUGAAGAAUUCCGAAAACUGAGCACUCUACAAAAUGCUAUUAGAUUUGCAAAAGACAGUAAUUACCGGGCUGUGGAUAUCAUGUUCACUUAUCACAGUGCUAAAAUACUGCCGCACUGGCUUGCCGUUAUAAGUUUCUUUCCCGAGACUCUCAAACCAACGGAUUACGAAAAACUUUUACCAGAAUGCGACAACGAAGGCCAACUAUUCUUACCAGACCAGCUAGAGUUGCGCCAAAAAGAUUGGUCGGAAAAAAAUGAAUUCAGCAAGGCGCUGGGCCUGUCCGAUGACGACGGCUCUGAAUUAAUUUAUGACUGUGACCCAGCAUUGAGAGCUUAUAGGAAUGUGCCACUCACCCAAGAACUGCUUAAUAAAUGGUACAAAUCUCGCGCAUAUCAAAUAGAGAGAAACAGCUACAUGGUGGACAAUGCUUUGAGUCUGAUAAGGAUUGGCAAAUCUCGGAAUAUCAAAGGCUUGGAGAAUUUCAUAUUCGAAUUAGAGACGCUGGAUGAUUUGAUAUACAAGGUAAACAUGGAGGACAUGUCUCUAGCCCGAUUGGAGAAACUUUCAGACCUCGACAAGAUAAGACUAUUGAUGAGCAAAUCUGAUGAGAAAAAUUUUGUAGAUAACAUUAAAAACCUCGUCAUUCCUUAUAUCCAUAGAAAAGAGAGGCUCUCGCCUCAAGGAUGUUCUCAUCAGCAGCUAUUACAUGAUUACUUAGUGUCCUUGAGCGAAGACGACUUAACGUUGCCAGUGAAAUUCUUUGAACAUUUAAAACAGACACAGAAUACAGAGAUAAUCAGAGAUUUAGAAGCUAUUAUGAAACUGGCAUUAGAUUGCAUUUACUCUUGCAAAGAUUUGAAGAUGUAUGAAAAGGCCAAGUGUAUAUUUGAAUGCAUUCCGUUCAGUCAGGAAAACGCGGAAUCUGGAGAGAUCUAUCGGCCGAUCGAAGAACUCGAACAGGAACUCGAGUGCUUGAGAGUGCUAAGCGAAUACAAUGUAAAAACUACACUAAAAUACAUUCAAGAGAACAAAAGUAAUCGUGAGACUGUUAAAAUGCUGCUCACUCAAAUGGCAAGAUACGUAAACGCGUUACCACCAAAUGAAAACUUGUGGCCUCAAUUAUUAAACGAUAUACUUCAACUUCACGAAACAACGUUUUCCUGUCUCGACAUCGAAGUAUGUUUCGAAAUAUGUGUCUCAGCUCGUUUAAGUUCUGGAGAGAAGACGACCAUUCAGAAUUGCACGAGUCUCAUAGAGACUAAGAAAUCUGAAAAAUCUAUGCUCAAAGUGCCUUAUGAUAAAGCAGUGGGAUUGGUAUUGCAAGCAAGUACCGAGUACUUCAAUAGCUCGAAAAGCUUGACAGAUAGUAGCAUGGAACUAGCAAAGGCAUGUCUCUACCUCAUAGAGGACGACAAUCCGGAAAUAAAAGAGGAAUACGAGCUCAUAAGUUCGCUACAAAUUUUGAACGACUUCAACGUAAACGUAUUGCCACUUCAAGUCAGACUAAGCCAAGAUAGGAUUAAGUUAAUCGAAAGCUGUUUGAACAGUCAGGAAGACGCCUACAAAAGUACCCAGAGAUUGCUUAACCUGGCGAGGUACUUGAGGAUCGAGAAAUACAACUCUAGAAACAGGGAUGGCAAAGUCUUGGAACUUGUCGCGCAAAAGGCUUAUGAGGUGAAAGAUUACAGUGCUUGUGCGACUAUUUGCCAGCAGCUUAUAGACCACAAUAGCUCAUCAGCAUGGAAGAUAAUUUUUGAUUUGGGUAAUGACGACGAAUAUCAAGACUUCAAGUUCAGGCAAAAGUGCCUGUCCUUCGCUAUGAACUGUGGUCCAACUGAUUUGUUAGAGACUAUAUUGCAACGGAUGCAUUUAAUCGAGAUACAAAUACUCCACAAAGAUCUGCAGAACUUAUUGCCUUCCGAAGUUUCUGAUACAAUGGCUGACAGUGACGAUGAAUUUACAGAUGCAAUGACUACACCUCAAGUCGAGUCCAAGGAGUUUGUAGUGCCAAACAUUAUAGGGACGUCGACCGAAAUGGUAAUCAGCUCAGCUGAGCUGGUGAAAAAGUCGACGUACUCAUUGCUGAAGAACGUGGGAAAUAGAAAUUUCUGGAAAAACACCCUAAACUUGAAUUUUGUCAGACAAAGCAGCGACUCGUGCGAAGGAGACGAUCAAAUACUAAAGUUAGACGCCGUAGAGAAGAACCCUCAGAGUUUUUCUUGCUUUUACGAAAGUUUGCAUAGGGAUUGCUCGAUCAGCAAUUUAGAUACUAAUUACACAAAAUACUCGCUACCGGAUAUAAAAAAUAAUAAAUUCAAAUUAUGCCAAAACCUAGUUAGGGUUGCCCUACUUGGAGAAUGCGCCAGCUACGGAUUUGAAAUUAGCAGCAUUGACCAUCUAUUCGUCGAGUGUGCUCGUCAUGUCUUCACGGAAGACUGUUUGCUGGGUAUUUCAUACCUGUUGAGUCUUAGCAGCAGUGAUAAUGAUUUUGUCAAACCAGCCUUUGACGACAUACCAGACGCAGAUCUGCGACUGCAGUUAGCUGCCUAUUUCUACUCCCUAGAACUGUACAAGAAACUGGAGCCAGACAAGGUGGGCUACUAUUAUGAUCCGUUAGAGUUGAUAUCGAGGAUGACAAAAGCUGCUGCUAACAUGCAAGACUGUCCGAUAGCUGAAGGGCUGACCUACUGGUCUUCGUGCUUGUUAAAUGCCAAAGAUUGCAAAGCUGAAGACGAAUUAGCUGACUUGGAGGAUGGGCAAAACGGGACAGAUAAUUCGAAUCCUAUUCAUGAGCCGGAAAGACAUGAAGAGAAAAAUGGUGCACAACUUGAGGCGUUCUCUCAGUCGCAAUCUUUGAACAAAAAAUCUUGUGACAAAUUUUCCAUCGAAGUCUCAUCCUUUGAAUCGAACGAGGAAGAAACGGGCUGGGAUGAUGACUGGGGUGAUUUUUCGGACCAAAGUGACGAGGACAAGAAAAGCCCACUUGAAAAAUCGGAACUGCAUGAAUCAGUGACUCCUGAUACUGAAAUGACGGAAGGAGAUCGAUUUGCACAAUUUGAAAAUUUGAUUUGCCAGAUUAGUGGCAAAGACGAAUACUUCAGAAUAAAAGAGAAACUAAUCUCGUGGCCUAAAUUUGAAAACCCCGAAUUUACCACCGUGGAUAAGCAUCCGACGUUAAGAUUAAUCGAUUUAACUAAAGUACUUAUUACGGAAGAAAAUGAUUGUUCUGCUAGUCAGAGGCUGGUAGAAUGUAAGGAAAUUAUGGCCCAUCAAAUUGUGUCUGAAACGGUACUGAGAGAAUAUUUGAGUAAGACACACGUCUCCUCAGAUUUGGAACUGAAAAUUUAUCUACAUUUAUGCUCGAAUCAGAAAUCCCUCCACGAAGAAGCGGUACAAAUUAUAAAAGAGAAAUAUCAGGACAUGAAACUAUCGUCACCGAUACUUCAAGAGUUAUUCUUCAAAAAUCUUACCGGAUCAUUUCAUCCAAAUCACAUAGUUUAUAAGUUAAUUCUCGAUGAAGUAAUUGACAAUUUCGACUUGAUUGACAUUGAAGAGAAUUUAAAAAUUUUGAGCGACGUAUUAGUCGUACAACGAUGUCUACCGCAAGCAGCUGCCCUGAGGAAUUUUAUUAAUGGUUUACCUCGGGCAUUGCAGACGUUUGAUGCCGGGCUCGGUAUGUUAUUCAUGAAAUAAAUUGAAUUUUUACACAUGCUACCUUAAGCGAUACGGUGGUGUCAUUGUUGUAAAUAUAAAUGUUAUUUAUACAGUGAA